GGCAAGUGGCAGGACCGGGCUCAGAAUUCAAGUCCCCUGACUUCCAGGUCUGGGCUCUUUCCAGUAGGCCACACCGCAGCUCUCCUCCAUGUCCACCAGACUGAGACUCCCCAGUCUCCCCAGGGACCCCAACUGUCUGCCCAUCCGUCCACCGGCCUGCAGCUAUCUAACUGACUGACUGUUACUUCUGUUGUGUCAGCUGGGGCCCCAGGAGGCCUGUGCCAUGUGCUCACAGCCUGUCCACGCUAUGGAGCGUAUCCUGGUGGAUGGGGCCCUGCUACACCUGUCCUGCCUGCGCUGCCAGCUGUGCCAGAGGACAAUCAGCGUCCACGCCUACACACGGCUCGGUGGCACCUUCUACUGCCCUGUCCAUGCCAAGCAGCUGGUCAGAGAGUGUGGCGGCAGCUGCAGCAGGAAGAGCAAGGAGCAGAGCGGCGCUUCCCGGGCUCGGACGGAAACCCUGGGGGUCAGGCGGGAUGAGCCACACAAGGCUGAGUCCUGGGGACACUGCUCUGAGUCCAUUGAUUCGUGCCUCAGCUCGGCGAGGCCUUGGACCGGGAAGGCAGCCCACAAAAGCCUGUCCUCCCCCUGGGGCCUGCAGCCACCAGCUCUGGGCUCUACUCAAGAGAAGGCUGGUCUGCUGCCCUCACUUGCCCUCCUUCCAGAGAAGGAGGGCCCAGCCUGGAGGGAGAGGAGGGGUGGGAGGCCGGCUCAGAUGCCCCCAAACCAGUCCCCUCAGCUAGUGGCCCUGGGCAGAGUGAAGGACCCCAGGGGACCGGCCAAGCCCCCAAGCAAGGAUGUUGGGGUCCAGGCCUCAUCCAGGCUGGGGGGCCUGUUACAGGGGGAGGAAGGUGAGGGGUUUGUGGGGGCACGGGCUGGGUCAGAGACACCUGCCUGUGCAACACCAGAGGCCCUCAGGGUGGAGGUGGAGGGCUCACAGGGGUCCCUAGACCCAUCCCCAAAGGUGGUUUGUGCAGGAGAAGAGGAGCACAAGUCAGUGAUCCAAGGGCUGGCCACUGGUCAGCCCCCACAGGUCUCAGUGUCUGGUGGCCUGGAAGCAGGAGAGAUGGUUCCAGGAAGCCCCAUGACCUCAGACCUAGGGGACCCUCAGACCAGUCGAGACCGAGGCCUACCAGAGGAGACCCCCCUCAGUCACCACAGGGUCCUGACCCAGAGUCAGCCUGAAGCCCCACCUUCCUCCCCAGCUCAGCUCAGUCCAGGUCAGGUUCCAACAGAUGGCAUCCAGGGCCAGCCCACGCAGACCCCCGGGCUUGAUUUCAUGGUUUGCCCUAGCUGGACCCAGACCAGUGGACCAGGGACUCCCAAACUCCCAUGUGCCCCAGCUCUUGUCUCUGGAGUCCCUGCAGGAGAAGGUAGCCACCCCAGCCCAGAGCCCGGAGACUUUCUGCCCAGCCCAGAGUCCCCCAGGGCUGGAUAUUCUCCUGCAGGGAGUGGGUCCAGCUCUCAGGAGGGGGUCCAGGGCUGCGACCAAUCGACAGGAACCCCCCCACUCUGCAGAGAUCCACAAGGCUCUGCCAGGAGCCCCUCAUCCAGGAGUCCCCGGGUGCGGGGAAGCCUGUUCACCCGGCUCUCAGCCAGUGGGAGGGAGCACCCAGCAGUGACCCGGGGACCCUCCUCCGGCAAGCGUCCGUCAGCUCUGGCCAGGCUCUUUGGACCCUCCCCGUCCUCCCGCUCCUCCCCAUCCUCCUUCCCCAUAUCCAAGAGCAGCAGUACCUCCAGGAAGGCCCAGGAGAGCCCACCAGGGGGAACUUGGGGCCAUUGCUCAGCUCCCCAGAGCCAAAGUGGGGUUGGGAGUGGGGAUACCCUGAAUUUCUCAGGCCCUUCUCAGAGCCAGCAUCCAGCUACUCCUGGCCCUACCUCACCUUCUCCAUCCCUGGGAACUGGCUUGGGAUCCUUUGGGGCCAGUGACCAUCCUCUGCCCUGCACCACUGGAGAGGUGGGCAGCAGUGGAGAUUCUGGUGGGGAGGGCCCUAUCUCCACUGUGAAGGAAGGGGACGUGGGUUCUUCUGGGCAUCUCCCAGCAUCGGCCCCUGGCAGUAAAGAGUUGCCCUCGUCCUCAUGCCCGCCUCCUCCUGGGGCCACAAGAUCAAUGGGAGGGGCCAGUCUGGGACAAGACGGGGCCGAGCUCAGUGACUUUGGGGCUGGUGCCAAAAGCGAGGAACCCAAGCUUCCCACGGCCAAACUCCCUGUCUCCGGGCUCUGCGAUGGCCCGACCAUACAGGAUUCUGAGCUGCAGUCUGUUUCUGACCGUAACGCUGACCCCGCUCCUGACGGGUCACCUGUCAGGAGCCAGUGUCCAGAGGAGGGCAGCCUGGUGCUCUCCACCCCCAGCCACCCACCCAUCAUGGCCACACUCUUGGGCUCUGCACUCCAUCUCCAGCCCCAGCUCCAAAACCACACAAAGCAGCGGCUGGGGGACCCAUCUGAGCCAGGCCUUGGCUUGGAGAGUCCGGCUGGAGAACCCCAGAGUACUAAGGGGCCCAGCCCACAGUCAGGGCCCAACCCCGAGCCACUAGCUGAUGAUAUCUUUGGCCUCUUCACCACACCGGCAGCCAGAGAGGACCUGGCCACUUCUGAGAGCCCAGUCAGCCCCGAUCUGACCAAUAUCCUGGACCUCUUCCAACCUCCUCCCCUCACCCCCUAAAGUCAGCCACAUUCCCUCUCACCCCCCCCAUGCCACCGGGCACCCACACCACACCCACCAUGCCAUGCUCAGCCCCCCCACCUCCAUGGCCCCUUCCCAUGGGCUGGGAUGGCCCGACCCCAGAGCUAUAAUCCCAUCUGGAGGGAUCUUAAAAGGUCAUGCAGUUCAACCCCCAUCCUCAGGAAUGUGGAAGCUGCACUGACCUUCCUUCAGAGAACUUCCUGCCUUUGCCUCUGUUCUCCCUGGAGGUGCUGAGUCAAUGUAUCUUCUGCCCCUCCCUUGUCCAUUUUCCCAUUGGACUAUGCACUGGCCUCGGUCCUGAGAGGUGUCAGGUGUCCAUCUGGGGAGAAAGUCACCUGCAUUGAUGCCAUCAUUUGGGGCAGAAAUUCUUCAUUUGGCAAAUCAGAAAGUGUGAUUACCCUGGGGACAAAGGUCAUUGUACAUCUCAGUUUCUUCCUGCUUGAAGCCAGUGUCCCCAGAAGCUUCCAACUUGUUACUUACGGGCACGCAUGGAGGUGCGCGCACACACACACACACACACACACUCGUGACACUGAGAGGUAAAUUCUCACUGAGAAGUAAGUUAUCUUCUGGUUUAAAGGUAUUGACUCAGCGCUGUGGAUGGCCUAGGGACAGAGGAUCAUGACGCCCCCACCCACCCUGGCUGAGCAUUAGGGACUCCUGGCCUACCCAUCCUCAUUUCCCUGUGGGCCCCUGAGCCUCCCCAAGGAGUCCACGGCAUUGGCAUUGGAGGGUUGGGGGAUGGUACCAAGCAAUUGGAAGUGUUUUCCUUUAGACGAAUCCUUGGCUGUGCUGAAAGCCUGGAGGGAUGUGCUGUCCAGUAGGGCAGAACAGUCUGUGAGAGCAGCCAAGCUGCCAUGAAACAGGGACUCAGGUGAAGACCGUGUUAUAGAAAUGACAUCACCAUUGUUGGGGGGAAGGAGAAACAAACCCUCGUUCGUACAGAGUAGGAUGGCUUAUGUGUGCUGGAAGUAGUUCCCAAGUCGGGAGGACUUUCUAUUUACUCAUACCCAUGGACAAAGUGGGUUAGGCUGAUCCAAUUUGGGGAUAUUUCAGUUUAAAUCUUUCUCACCCUCUUUCCUGGGCAAAAACCUUAGGUCCUUAGGCAACCAUGUGGCCAAACACAUGGUGAGUGGCUUUUGUGCUCCGGCAAUUAAGUUUUGCCUUUGCAGCUUCAAAUCUCAGUGGUUUUAAAAUCUCCUUCAGCAACUCUCAAUACAAAUCCUCUUGUCUGUUGUCUUUCUGAUUCGUCGUAUUGCUAAAUCUUAGCCUCUAUUCUGUUGGGGAAUCUGUUCAGUCAUGAUUACUCGGGUUUUUGUAGAGCUAAUAAACUGAUCCUAGCUCACCUUA